AUGAAUAGAGUUGGUCAUUGCUGGCGGUGCGAGGCAGUCUGCACUCAGCUGUGUUCGCGAUGCCGAGUGGCGUAUUACUGCUCCAAGAAAUGUCAGAAACAAGACAAGUGGCGACAUCAACCCGACUGCGAUGCAGCAGCGCUGAAAAAGCAGUGUAUGGGAUGCGGUAGAACAGAUGAAGGCAUGUUAAAAUGCUCUACUUGUCUUAGAUCAUGGUAUUGCGAUAGAGAUUGCCAGAGAAAGAACUGGGAAAGCCACAAGGAACAAUGUCAUGAAGUUGUAAUAAAAACAAUACAGGUGGCGAAGAGUAUAAAAAUGAACCGCAUAAAUGCUCGGCUGUUCCCUGGCAUGGAACGUACUUACUACUGGGGUAAUGUGCCUGCUGUGGACCUGCUUAACUUGCCGAUGAAUGAAGGGGAGGAGUAUUCGAACCCAUUGGCUUUGUUGCUAUGUGGAGUUGGUGAUCCAAGGAAUGUUCUACUUACGACUGCUUCGUUACCUGAUGUUUAUACACAGCAAGUCAGCUUCGUUUUAAACGACAUCUGUCCUUGUACCCUGGCCAGAACCGUUCUACUUCUAUAUAUGUUAUACAAAGGUGAGAUAAAAGACACUCCUUAAAUAACAUGUAGCCUUUUCGACUGGAAUAUUUUCGAAAAAGGAAAUCCCCGAAAUGCAACGUAUUUUUCUUUAAUCAUUCUGUGAAUGCCAGAAGGCUAGCAAAUAACAUUGAAAGAUCUUGUUGCUUAAGAGUGGUUGUCAAAGAAAACCGGGCAAAAUGUUAAAAAUGUCAACGGAAGGGGGUCAACAGAAUAAGUUCAUAAUAACAUCAUAGAUAGGUCUGGUGGAGUAAUGGACAAAUAUACCAAACAUAGGUUCUUCACUGCUCUUGUAUUAGAGGUACGAGCAUCACUUUAUUCGACACCUUCGGACGCCAUUUUUAUAUGCAAAUUUUCACCAUUUUCUGAAACUCACAGAACCCUCAAAAUUUAACGAGCGAAGUUUAUUUUUUGUAUGCGAUACAACACAUCACAGAACUACUUUCUAAAACCAUAAGAUUUGUUAAGUAGCCACGGACAAGACUAAAAUUUUCCUAUUUUAUCUGACCUAAACUCAGCGUCUGCAAACGAGCAAAAAAUCGGGCAUGUUUGAAUUGAUCUACAGCGCACAACUAAUAUGGUCGGCCAUUUGUUUCAAAAUUAUGACACGAUAUAUGCGGUUUUUUCCCACGUAUGCGUGCAAUCAUUCCUGCUACACGAUAUACGUGCGUUUUUUUGUCACGUAUACUUGCGUUUUAUUUCCAAGUAUAUGACCAUUUUCUUACAAACGCGCAUAUAUAUGCGCUCAAAAAAGCCCAUAUAUAUGCGUUACAAACAAGCAUGUGGUAUAUGGGGUCACAGAAAGUCGUCGUAUAACAGGCACCGAAUUAUACCGUCAGCAAAAAACCUCCUCAUGUACGAUGGAGCUGAAAAGUAACUUCAGUUUGAAUCAAGCAUGGCCGCAAUGGCCGCGUUAAUUUCGAGCAAGAUUUGGUUCUUAUUCAUUGCCCUCACAGUAGUGGUUGUUGUUGGCUCCCCGACAACGGAUUUGUUGGAAUCCGUCAAUUGUCUCUUGAGAAACCGUGUACGGUAUUUCACAAAUGCUGGCCGAAACAGCGAUCGAUUCAGUUAGUCUGAGUCUGCUUGAACAGAUUGGUUUUUCUUCUUUUCUCUCUCGCGCGCGAAUUAUCACCUUUUCGCCUCCACGAACACGUUCUAAGCCUCCUAGUCUCGAAGCUUCUUAUUAUUUCCCUGGUAUUCUCACUGACUUUAAUCGCCUUCCACCUGCCUCUCUUUCCUUAGUGCUCCUCCACUUUAAUUGUGAUUUUCAUGGUCAUCUAACUCGUUCUCGUUCAACUUGCAUGAAAUGUUCCUCAGGUAUCCAUUUGCUAUUAGUUCUCAAGCCCCGACUACACCCAAUCGCAAAACGUUGUCAUAGCGAAAUGAAAAAAGGAAAAAGCCAAAUAGCAAUUAGUUAGGCAAAUAAGCCUGGUGAAUUGUUUUGCAGCACCCGCACAUGGACGCCGUAUUUAUCUGUUGGAAUUUGCUAUUGUUUUGAAGCUGAAAAACGAUAAAAAAAUUCCAGCAGGGAAAUGCAGCGGCUGCAAAUGAAUCCACGCUGAGGAUGAGGAAUAAUUAGCCUGAUUAAUUCCUAUUUGGCUUUUUCUUUUUUUUUUAAUUUUUUUAAGACAAAGUUAUUGCAAUUAGGUGUAUUUGGAAGGAUACUUUAUUUAUAACUUCAGUUUGGCGUUUUUUUUUUUGCAGCCAAUGGCAAAUCAGUAUUUUUGAUUAUAGCAGCUAGUUUCGCUCUCUGCACCAUAGUAGCAACCAGACGAGGAACUGCAUUCUUGCAGAAUUCAUAACAUUCGCAUAGACACAGCAGUCAAUUCCUACGAAGGAACAACAAGACAUCGCGCUUUUGUUUAAAGACUCACUUCUGAUCUCAAAAAAAAAUUGAAUCGGACUGCAUCAGGCUAUCAGCGGUUAGAAUGAUCUUGACUCACGAAAAGCAUAAUUCUCCAUACUUGGCCGGUAGCUUUAGUGACCUGUCUUUAGUUUAAGCUACCGUGUACAACUCAAAUCUGAAGAUCUCAGUCACUAUCCGUGAAAACUCAAAAUCCUUGAAACACCACUUAUGAGCUGGGCCCAGCGUCAUACUGACAUAGCAGCCCGGGAGGGGCGAGGGGGGGAGGGGUACUCAACAAAUUCUUAUACGGCGGAGGCCCACCCCUUAACCUUUUAUACACCAUUUUUCAAGAUUUCGUAUACCUUCUAUAGACAAAUGGUACUCCUUUCACAUAUCUUGCUUAGAACUUUGUAUCCCUGCUGGAAACCCGGACUGUCAUAAAAUAGGAAUCAGUCACAAAUGUAGAACGCUUUCUCGACGGGUAAGGGGUUGGACCUCGGGGCGGAGCCUCCCCGUAAAAAGGUUUAUUAAGUACCUCGCUGGGAUUUCGGGCGGAGCCUCCCCGUAUAGGCCAUCAUAGGGAGUAACCUCCCCCCGCGCAUAGCAGGAAAUAAUCACAUUCCCGUGCAAAGAAACUUACAUGCAUGCAUGUAGUUAUUCCGCAGAUCCAGGAUUUACGGAGAAAACCAAAGAAACUAAAAUCUUUAUUUAACCGUAAUACUAAAUUAAAGCUUUAGGCUUAAACAGAGGUCAAAGAAAAUUAAAACACUUUACAACUGCAUCUGAGGGCAACUCCUAGCAGGAACACCUAAAGAACCAUAAACCACAAGAGAUGAUUACUCAGUAUGCAAGUAAUUCUCUGUAGUGCUAGUAACUUUAACUUUAUUAUUCCAUAGUUCAUAUAGUACAAAACUCAGUAAAGCCAAAGCCGGGGGCUUAUACGACCUGUGGUCAAAAUGGCAGAAAUUAUUUUAUGUAGAAAUAAAGCAACUGCGGGAGGCUAAAUUUCAAAACUAAAACAAGAUACAAAACUUAAAUUAAGUAAUGCAAGCAGUCCUAUAGCAGAGGUAAAACUAGAAGUGCUAGUGACAAAUAAACUAACAAUAAACUAUGAUAAUCCUGCGCUAAUUCAAUCCAGGCUUAAAAGGUAAAGUUUUAGUUUCUAUUUAAAGUCAAUGGUGGUAACUGGCUGUUACGGACUCUGUGAAGGGUAUGUCAGUCGGAUAUCCUUGGCCAAAUAAUCGGGGCUUGAGAACUAAUAGCAAAUUGAUACCUGAGGGACAUUUCAUGCAAGUUGAACGAGAACGAGUUAGAUAACCAUGAAAAUCACAAUUAAAGUGGAGUAGCACUAAGGAAAGAGAGGCAGGUGGAAGGCGAUUAAAGUCAGUGAGAAUACCAGGGAAAUAAUAAAAAGCUUCGAGACUAGGAGGCUUAGAACGUGUUCGUGGAGGCGAAAGGUGAUAAUUCGCACGCGAGAGAGAAAAGAAGAAAAACCAAUCUGUUCAAGCAGACUCUCAAGGUCAUGUUUCACAUUAUCAAGAGCUUAUGAGUCGUGUUUUGCCUGACGGACGCUAAUUUCUAACUGGAUCGAUCGUCGUUUCGGUCAGCAUUUGUGAAAUAGCGUACACAGUUUCUCGAGAGACAAUCCACGGAUUCCAACAAAUCCGUUGUCGGGGAGCCAACAACCACCACUACUGUGAGGGCAAUGAAUAAGAACCAAAUGUUGCUCGAAAUUAACGCGGCCAUUGCGGCCAUGCUUGAUUCAAACUGAAGUUACUUUUCAGCUCCAUCGUACAUGAGGAGGUUUUUUGCUGACGGUAUAAUUCGGUGCCUGUUAUACGACGACUUUCUGUGACCCCAUAUACCACAUGCUUGUUUGUAACGCAUAUAUAUGGGCUUUUUUGUGCGCAUAUAUAUGCGCGUUUGUAAGAAAAUGGUCAUAUACUUGGGAAUCAAACGCAAGUAUACGUGACAAAAAAACGCACGUAUAUCGUGUAGCAGGAAUGAUUGCAAGUAUACGUGGGAAAAAACCGCACGUAUAUCGUGUCAUAAUUUUGAAACAAAUGGCCGACCAUAAACUAAAACGACAGAACAACUCUUACAUCCAAAUUACAGUCUACUAUCAUCCGUGUAACCAAAACACUGAUAAUCAUUUUGGGCCAUUGAAACGGGAAGAAAUUAGAAAACUCACAUUUGUUAUAGUUUCCAAGUUUUUUCUUGCAAACAGGCCGAUCCCUUCGUGUUUGUUUUAAGGCGUCUUCGUGAAUUUUCUUUCAUAUUUCGCUGUAAGGUAUGUUCAGCAGCUGGAGGACAUAUCAAAAAGCUCGAAAUACUGCCUAAGUUACAUUUUGAAAGGGCAAAAAGUGCUGAACGAUAGGAUGAAACUAAAAAAUAACAAAGGGACGCCAUCUUGAAAAUUCAGCACUCAGGAGGGACUGACACUAGUAGCUGCGUUCGAUAUCUAACAUACGGACAAACAUUGCCAAUUUUUCACAACUCCGUUGUCUCGCAAUUCGCAAAAGAGACUUGAGCACAUAGAAAACCAAACCUAAUAUAGAAAUGUAACCAGAAAGCCUCGGAUUCAUGUUAGAAUUUUUCUUUAUCGAACGUUGGCUACUACGAACUAUUACCAGAAGCCUAUUACCAAUAAGAUAAAAAACAAAAAACAAACAAACCAGCUUAUCAGCGACCUACUCCAGUCUUAUUUUUUCUUCAAUUACUUCUUUUAGUUGAAUUUAGCUUGUUUUUCUUUCAAAGGAAAAAACAAGAAGAACGCCUGAUCGCAGGUUAAUUGGUGAUUAACUGGCAUUGCUUUAUUCCCUCCUCAUUUCGAGGUGUCCCGUGAAUGUAGAUAAUAUUAAAGAUCUAUUUUGUCUCUUUAUGAAUCACUUAACUUCGCUCUCAUGCGAACUAGCUAGACUUGCUAUAUAUCAACCUCGAGAGUUUCUAAGCGCGCGGGCUAACUACGGGCAGUGGAUAUUGCUUGCUGUAAAAUUUGCAAUAAUUUUUUAAUUAUUACCAACUGUAAAAUAAACAGUUGAAUCAGCGGUGCGGAGCAGGCAUUUUAGGCCGCAAAGGGGCCAAGACAGCGGACGAAGUAAUUUCUGAAAGUAAGCCUUCUAACUGAUGAUCUCAUUGCUGUCACUUCGCAUUUCCAUAAGGUAAUAGACUGAUGACAAGAGCUGUCAAAAUAAACCAUUCCUAGGGUUUACCAGAAUCUGGUAUACCGGAAGGAUCCGGAAGGAGCUUUUCUUAAAAAGUACCAUUAUAGGAGUUCCUACGGCUCUGACUCCGUACCCCUUCCCCUCAUUGUUUUGCCUGCUCACUCUCUUUUUCAGAAUGCUCUUUGCAUGGUCCACACAAGAUGAACACCACGGGUCCGGACGAGUUUUUUACCUGUGCAAUCCGUUUAGAGGGAACGUGCAAAUUCUCUUGCAGAUUGCAAUACUUUUUGCAGCUCAAAUACAUCACGGUUCCGCGGGUCGCACGUAAAGAAAAGGAGGAUCCAUGCAAGUUUUUGGCAGUUCAAAAAUUUGUAAAAGGGGUCAUAGUGUUAACUCGAGUUGGUACCUUUUCCGGCAUAUUGAUCAUCGAUAGAAAUCGUACACCUGGAAGUUUACAGCCACUAGGUUCCUUUUUGUUUACUGGUGUAGUCGUGAAAGAAUUGACAUCUCCUACAUCUCUUCGUCACUGGAUUUGUCAAAAACACUCUCACUACGGUGUUUAACACGAGCAGAAACACGUUGACAGUCCUCACAUUUAGAGUAAUCGUCCAGGUCUUGUCUUAAAUUCAGAGGAGGCAAUGAUAACAGAAAUGGAGUUUAUUCAUCUGCUACGGAGGUAAUUUCCAACGCCAUUUCGUUUGUUAAUCCUUUCCACGGCGCAGUUGGAAAAAAUGCGCGAGCGAGUCACACGAGAUGGCACAAAAUGUGCUAAAAAUAGUACAUUUAAUGGCUAAUAUAUAUAUUUCGAUGAGGUCAACCCCAUCCCUGGAAAAGGUAUCGAGUUACGGUCUACUACCCCGAUGUAUAUAUAGAUGGCUCCUGUUAGAGUAUAAAAAAGUAAUUUUGUGCAAUUUGGCAGCGUAAUUAGAGUUGCUAGAUAACUCUGUCCGCCAUCAGGAGCCCUUAAACCACAAUUAAAACAAAAAAAAUGGAUGAGUAAAGACUAUAUAUCAAUAUUAAUAUUAAUCUUGUAAAAAUUCUAGUAUGAGCCAUUAAAAUUGUUGAAUGACCUUCUUCACCUCAGACACUCGUGUCAGUCAAGUGUAAAUCGACGUCCGCCAUUUUGAAUUUUGUUCAAAAAAAACCUCUGACCUAGCAGCACAGCUGCAUCUUGCGCCCAUCAUCUGCCCCCAAGGGGAGAGGAUCUGGCUCCUUUUUCAUAGGAAAUUCAUAAAUUGUCUACUAAAACACUGUGCAAUAUGGAAGCAAGGUCAAUUUAAGCACUAAAAGCUGCUCAGAUAUCUCAGAAUUGGAAGAAAACUAGUAAGAGAAAUUGCUCAGAGAUUAUGGAAAAAGUUGCUUGAAACGAAAAAAGUUGCUCGAAAUACUACAAGUUGCCAAAAAGUUGUCGAGCAACUUGUAAAAAGCCCUAGGGAGAAGGGGGGGCUACUCAAUAAAGCUUUGUUCGGAGAGGCUUCUCCCCGAAGUCCAGUACCCUUAAAUAUACUAUUUUUCACAAAAGGUACCCCUUUCGUGUAUCUUCCAUUGAAAAGUUGUACCCUUUUCAUAUAUCUGCUUCGUGAGAAUAAGAAAGGAGGUCUUCCGGUCAUUUUCGAGUAACCUUAACAUGUAAAUGAUAUUGCCAUAAGGCGUGUUUCUUCGAAGCAUUUUAAUAAAAGGCCCUUUAGAAUACUUAAUGAAAGAUUUUUGUCUCCUUUCACGUACUUCAACUUGUGAUUUUCCUACCCUUUGUUACACCUGAUGCUUGAAAGAGGUACCCCUCGGGCGAAGCCUUCCGGGCUAUGAAACUGUGCAUCAUAAAAUCAGGAACGGGAGAUGAGUGGACCUUCGGACAUAGACGGCGAUUGAAGACUGACGCAAAAAUAGAUGAUACAAUUAAGAGUCCAAAGAAACGCAAAGACUUAUAUGGGAUAACUCAAAAUGAAGUGAAUGAAGAGCAAAUGAAGACUGAAUAAAGUAAUGCCAGUUGGUCACCUGUUCACCACACCCCAUCACUCAGCCCAAAAAAAAAACGACAACACAAAACGAGCUAAAUUUAACUAAAAGUAGUAACUGAAGAAGAAAUAGGACCGUAAUAGGUCGCUGAUAAGCCGGUUUGUUUGCUUUUGUCUGGUAUCUGUUUGGUAAUUCAUCACUUGUGGACAACGCAGCUACUAGUGCCAGUCCCUCCUGAGUGCUGAAUUUUCAAGAUGGGGUUGCUUUGUUAUUUUCUAGUUUCAUCCUAUCGUUCAGCACUUUUUGCCCUUUCAAAAUGUAACCUAGGCAGUAUUUCGAGCUUUUUGAUAUGUUCUCCAGCUGCUGAACAUACUUUACAGCGAAAUAUGAAAGAAAAUUCACGAAGAGGACUUAAAACAAACACGAAGGGAUCGGCCUAAUUGCAAGAAAAAGCUUGGAAACUAUAACAAAUGUGAGUUUUCUAAUUUCUUCCUGUUUCAAUGGCCCAAAAUGAUUAUCAGUGUUUUGGUUACAUGGAUGAAAGUAGACUGCAAUUUGGCUGUCAGAGGUGUUCUGUCGUUUUAGUUGUGCGCUGUAGAUCAAUUCAAACACGCCCGAUUUUUUGCUCGUUUGAAGACACUGAGCUUAGGUCAGAUAAAAUAAGAAAAUGUUAGUCUUCUCCGUGGCUACUUAACAAAUCUUAUGGUUUUAGAAAGUAGUUCUGUGAUGUGUUGUAUCGCAUACAAAAAAUAAACUUCGCUCGUUAAAUUUUGAGGGUUGUGUGAGUUUCAGAAAAUGGUGAAAAGAAUUUGCUUAUAAAAAUGGCGUCCGAGGGUGUCGAAUAAAGUGAUGCUCGUAUCUCUAAUACAAGAGCAGUGAAGAAACUAUGUUUCGUAUAUUUGUCCAUUAUUCCACCAGACCUAUCUAUUUCUUCUGUUGACCCCCUUCCGUUGACAUUUUUUAACAUUUUGCCCGGUUUUCUCUGUCAAUCACUCUUAAAACAUGAACAAAUGACAGCUUUUGUCUGUUCUUGUCCACAUGUACGUUCACUACAUGUACACGGCAAGAGAUCAUUUCGGCUUGGUUUGUUGGGUUUUACAUUUCGUAACACGCGCUAUUACUCCACAGAACUUUUUUUUUUCAGUUAUCACCCUAUUCACUUGCAUGCAUGGGAACGUAUAAUUUAUUAAAAUGAUAAAUAAAAAAAAAACAUGAAUUUAAAUAAUGCGAUAAACACACCAAGAUAAAAAGGUCUAUAGUCGUUGAGUCGUUUUGUGGCUGAUUCUCCAAAUAAGUGCAAAAGGGGAAUUCGGAGCCUUCUCCGUGACAAUCAGCUAGGAUUAGCCUUUUAGAUGAACAGACAUAAAGUCUCAAAUGAUCCCCUAGCUUUCACCGCAUUCAGAACUGGCUUUUUUUACUGCUGCAAGUAAAAUAGGUAAUAGCGUCAUUUCAUUGCUAUGACAACUCCGAUGUCAUUGCAACCCUGAUCAUAACAAAUUGUCAUCUUUAUCUAAUACAACUGUGGUGGCCAUUUUUCCAAAUAUUUGUUCAUGGCGACGUAGUUUAUGCUCAAACUUGGGAGGUAUUGACCCUAAAAAACUGUAUCGAGCCACCUUAACAGACGUUUUUUACCACGUAAUGGUACCCCUGAGAACUGUUUCUGCCUAAUGAAGUCCUAUGUAGGUGCAUCCACGCGAAUAUGUAUGCAUAAAUUAUGGAGAGACAGAAGGCAAAUUCCAUGGAGAACAUCACGUACUCUGAGUUGGGAAAAGAAAACAUACAAGCUAUGAUGGUCUAUUGUUAAGAAAGUGUUUGCACAUUUGAAAACGUUUGAUUUCACAGAACGUAGGAUGAUAUAGAUCAAAAAUGAAGCUUUGACAUGAUUUUUCUCCCGCAAUGAAUAAGCAUGCAGUGUUCAAAACAGAGGCUAUCUGGGUCAGUUAUCAAGUACUCCUAUGCCUACGUUUUAUCAAAACUGUCUUAAAGAUGACUUCUUUUAAUGAACCGCAAGCGUUGAUUACCUUUACUAUAAGACGGUCAUAACAGUGGGAUCGCUUUCUCUUCAUUACGCAGCCUUUAAAAAGCAAAGGAAAGACAAGUAAUAUGGACUAAACAGAGUCCAUCUCAGCAAAAGAACACUGGUUCCUCCGAGACUCUUGUUUCUACUUGCAUGGUUAUAUUAUAAUUAAAAUUGAAUACUUUUUUCAUCUUGCAGGACAAAAUGACGGAAUUGGUACUGUAACCCGGAUAUGGUAUUCGCUACGAAUUUCAGAAAGCGAUUUUUCACUGCUGAUGUCCGCGCUGCGCGACCUUUUGGACGCUAGUGAUUUAAACACUCUAACGAAUGGCUUCGUGAACAUGGUGUCAGUUGAUCAACUGGGUAAGCUGAAAGAGGUGUGGCAAGUUUGGGUCCAGUUGUCUUCUCUCACAGGACCCUGGGUAACUAAACAAAGAAAUGACGCCUUCGAAAGCGAUACUGGAUCAGAAGCUGGGAUUUUUAACUAUCUAAACUCGAUCCCAAAAGACCACAAAAGAUCUGCUAAGUUGUGGAUGAAAGAUGGGCUUUUUGCCUCAAAAUGCGUGAAAUCAUCGAAGUUAACGCGAGAGAACGUAACUCUAACAAGUUAUCUAUUCCAGUAUGAGCCUGGAGAACAAGACGACUACGACUUCAACAUAGAACCCAGCAAUCUUCCCUUUUCAAGCUGGGAUUACAAAGCCAUGACGAGUGUCUGCUACAAUGAUUCGCUUCCAGAGAUGUUCAGCACUUACCUAUCAUAUAUCAUGAACAAGUGCAUUGACAAACUGAGAAGUGGUCGGGUGAAGUUGCAGGUGAUACUAUCUGACUGCAUGAUGAUUGAUCCAUUCCUGCCUGUCGACCUUACAUACGACCGUAUCGCAACAUCAAAUCUAAGCGACUACAUUUCCCUUCCCUCCUUACUAACAAAAUUCAAGGGGUACUUGAAUACCAGCAACAGUCAUUCAGUCUUAAUGACUGAAAUGCAUAAUUGGGUGGAUGACUAUUUGCCCGAAGUGAAAGCUGAUGUAUUUUUGAGGGCCCCUGAACUCACACCGAAAGUUGUGAAGGACACAAACAAUCCAUUACUUGUGGCGACAGGGCACUUGACGAGCUUAAUUGAAUACCACAACAUUAUUCCAGACUUCCAGCUCUACCUCCGUGCCGCGCUUAUCGAGUCAUACAGUGAAACAGAAUUGGAGUCUUUCAGGAAACAAAGGAAGAAGCUUCCAUCCAUAAAAACUAUCAUUUCUGAUUUGGGCCUUGAGCUACGUGACUAUGUGAGAAAUGAAAACACUGUAUUUCCCUUCAAGUGGGCUGUGAACUGCCGUAGAGUCAACUUGAAUAGGGGAGAUGAAUUUACUUUAGAGUGGACCCUUCCCACGUCAUCUCAGUAG